AUGACCGGACUGUCCAUCCCCGCCUCCCUGGAUCUUUUCAGGGAUGCGCUCGGCCCGCCCCCACCUCCAACCCCGUCCGAGGGUCCCCAGCUGUUCCAGCGGCCGCUCUCCGCAGGACUGCCGUAUCGCACCGUCAGCUCGCACAGGUCGCGUGACUCGGGAGGUAGGUCUUUCGUGUCCGGUCUGGUGGCUGCUCCUAUCGCUCUACCGUCGCCGCGAGCUCCGGCCACACGAGGCGGUGGCGAAGACGCCGGCGCCGACGCCGACGCGGCUACGGCCGGGGCAGCUGCGGCCAAGCCUGUGGUGGACGGCCUGGAUGGUAGAGCGCGCGUAGGCGGUGGUCCUGGGCUGGGUAUGUCGGCCGGCCGCCACAGCCAAGGUCGGGCGGCGACGCUGCGAUCGCCGAUGCUGGCCGGGGAAUGGAACGAUGCCGUGCAGUCUGUGAGGGGGGGGCUCGACUCCGGGGGCCGGCCAGGCGGGUCCAUCAGAGUCUUCUUGUUCUUCUCCUGCUUUCGCGUCCGGUCCUGGCUCUGGUUCCCGGUCUUCUGCGUCGACUGGGUGGCCAGCGACACAGACGAUGGCGGUCCGCUGAUGUCAGACGACAUGGGCAGCAUUCGCCUCUCCUUGAGCAGAGGGGGUGGCGAUAGCGGUGAUGGCGGCGAUGGCGGCGACGGCGGCGAUGGCGGCGAGAUGGGGUCCAGGAAGGGCGCUCCUCCUGUCCCGCAGAAGACAAGGGGUGUGGGGGAGUUGGGACGAGACGGGGUUCGGGAGCUGCUUCUCUUGAUCAACCGUCGUCUACCCCUGGCAAUCGCCACCUGCAUGGCCGUGCCGAUGUCGUGGGAGAGGGAGCCGUUGCUGCCGGAUGACGGUGGCGACGACGGCGACGACGAGCUCUCAUCUUUGCUCUCGAUCCUCAGUCCCGUCUCGUAUAGCGAGGGACUCUGUCUUGACGGGUGCUGCGUCGACGCAUUUACCAAGGCUAUACUCCUUGUUGUGAGUGCCUUCACCGCCAUCGGCGUUCGUGAUAUGGUAGGGCUGGACGAUGGCCGCGACUCGCCGUUUUGUUGCAAGCUCGUCUGCUGUUGCUCUACCUCGCUCAGACCACCGUCCCUCCCGUCCUUUGCCGGCACAUUGCAGUUGUAUGGUGGCUUUGGUGGUCCCGGGUCGAACAGUGAAUAG